AGUGAUUCAAACCCUCCUGCAGAAAUCAGCUGGUUUAAAGGAGGAACGUUUGUAGGAUCUGGAAGAAUCUACAGCAUCUCAAACAUCAGAUCUGAUGACAGUGGAGAAUACAAGUGCAGAUCCAGAAAUAAACAUGGAGAGAAAUACUCUGAUGCUGUGACUUUAAACGUCAUGUACCCUUCCAGGAAAGUAUCUGUGUCCAUAUGUCAGUCUGGUCAGAUUUGGGAGGGAGAUUCAGUGACUCUGAUCUGCAGCAGUGAUUCAAACCCUCCUGCUCUGAACUUCAGCUGGUUUAAAGGAGGAACGUUUGUAGGAUCUGGAAGAAUCUACAGCAUCUCAAAGAUCAGUUCUGAUGACAGUGGAGAAUACAAGUGCAAGUCCAGAAAUAAACAUGGAGAGAAAUACUCUGAUAAUGUGACUUUAAACGUCAUGUCAGAAAGAUCUGUCUCGUGGUCUGCAGCGAUUGGUAUUGGUUUUGGUGUUGGUGUUGGACUCUGUGGAGCAUCUGCUGCUCUCAUUGUUUUGUAUAUUCGUCAUACAAAAAGGAUGAAAAGAUCUGCUGUAAGAUUUUCUCAGAUUGUGGAUCCCAGUGCUGAUGUAUAUAUAGAGUAAGGCUGGCUUGAUUUCCUGACAGAUCUGAAUUCAUCAACUUUUACAGGAAUAGACACCAUGCAUUAAAACUAUACAUCUGCAAACAUGUAUGCAUAAUCUACUCUGCUCACCCAUUCCUGAGCCCCUCUUUCCCUUCUCUUUCUCCACCAGGCUCAGGUCACUAAAAGUUUACUAAUCGUGACUGCCACAAAUAAUGUAUCUCGUGAAUUCAUUGCUUUUCCUUUAGUGUUUGGUAUCAUUUAACUCUCUUAAAGUCUGUUCGUCUGUUACACUUGUCCUUUUUAUUGUUCAGUUUUUAUAUCUAAAAAGUCACGUUUGAACCAACCACUCAUUUCUAUUAAAUAAAAAAAUAUGAAAGCAGCCAAAAAUGACCAGCAGCCAAUAGUUUUAAAUGUCUCAGUACGAUUGGUCAAAUGGUCUCAAUUUCACAGCAUAUAUAUUACCAUAUAUUAUGUGAUCCUACCCAGCCAAAAAUACCAAGUUCUGUCAUGAAACUCUAGAUGUCGUAGGCUGAUGUGUCCUUAACACAACCUGAUGAUAUUUAUACAUUAAAGGUGCUAAAGAGGAUGUUUUCGUCGACUGAGAAACCAAAGACUGUUAGUGAGUUUUUUAAAUGAGCGCAUG